AUGUCUGUUUAUAAAUUGGUGGCAUUCCUCAUAUUUUUCGUCGUAGGUGCCAAGUCAAAUAAUGUUACAAACGACGUAAUCAUACUAUACAACACCACUGCACCGCCAUGGAGAGACUGGAAGUUCAAGGAUUAUAUUCUGAAAUUCAAACCAAGUCGCGUAUGGGAACAAAUAUCAAACAGUCCGACCAGGAGAAAAAUCAAUGCGGACGAAUUUGAAAGAAUGUUCAAUGGUAUCGAUGAAACUGACGAACUGUUAUCGUUGAAAGUGCCGAACGGAAACCCGAAACUAAUCAUUGACAAAGACGGAAGAAGGCAGAUGAAGAAGAAGAAGAAGAAUAUUGUGCUCGACAGAUGGGCACCCCCCGGCGAUAUAGGUAGUGAUCCUUACGACAAAUUCAAUUUGAAACGUCGGUUCCUAGAACUGAUGAAACAGGCAAUUUAUCAGGCAAGAAACAGAAUGAUUAUUAUGCAAACAUACAGGUUUACAUACAGAAGAAGUUCAGUUUAUAAAAUGGGGUUUCUGAUGAGCAAGACUGACCAGGCAGUGAAGACCUUCGCGAGGUAUAGCUUCAAAGCCUUCAUGGGGUGCUACUAUUCAAGACUGAGGAAGUCUCGCUUCUAUUAUAUUGAUUUAGCUCAGAGUUUUGAAAGAGUGCUCGAAUUGUGGUUCGAGGUCGAGCUUUUAAUUGACUUACUGUUGCUCAAUGACCAAAAUUGUAAGCGCAUGUUGAACCAAGUCAUGACGAAUAAGAAGGAAGCUUGGCAGUUUGUUGAUUAA